AUGCAGCGCCACUUGCUCGAUGACAGCGUCGUCCAGGACGGACAGGCCGAGUGGCAGUGCUCCGUUUGCUACCACGAGAACCAUCCGGCCAAGAGAGAGUGCCUCAUGUGCGGAACUCCAGAAGCUCCGAGCGCGAAGCAAGCGAGAAAGUCGUUCCAGCUCCUAACGAGCGAGUCGGCCGAGGCUCAGGCAGCGCUGGCCGCUCGAAGCCGGUCUUUUCAUGUCCGUCGGCUGAAUGAAAUGAACCUGAACCAGCGGCAGCGAGGUGCUCGGCGGCGUCACUUGUGGCAACGCGAGAGAACUCUCGACGGCCAGUUCCGCUGGGUGCGCGUAGGCCACUGCCAGCCAUCUCGCCUCAGCCAACUUGCCCUGAACAUCCCACCUCCUGUCUACGCGUACAGUCCCGACGAGCAUUCACACGGCUCCACUAGCCCGCUCUCGACUGCCCUGAACAGUCACACCAAUAGAGAAGAUAUUGGGGUCGAAACGGAGCUAACGAUGGUCGAGUCCCCUGAUGCUGAUGGAACCUACUCCGCUGCCAUCCGCAAAAAUGUCCGUGGCUAUCGAAGCCCAGCGAGUUGCGACGGUCUCUCAGCUUCAGCGGUAAGCUCUGAUGAUGCACUGAUAGCGCAGCCGUCAGUUGGCUACGUGCGCCAUAUCAACGAACAAGGCCAAGCUGAAUGGGUUCCAGCAGACUCGCUCGUGCACGAGCACGACGCAGUUACUUCAAUCGACGUCGAGGAGUUCCCUCGAGCCACCAGCUACAUUGACUUCGAGUCAGUUGCUGCUCUGCCGUUCAAGUUGAAAGUGCGAUGGUUCCUCAAAGAGCUGGGCAAGAUAGCUGUUCCAUGGGAUGAGGGUCAUCUGCUCCUGAAAAUCCGUCGCGAGGCGGUGUUGGGCGAAUCCAUGCACUUGCUCAUGCUCGUCCCAGCAGCUGAUCUGCGGCAGCGCUUGCGAAUCGAGUUUAUUGAUGAACCGGGGCUGGAUGCAGGCGGUUUGCUGCGCGAAUGGGUUUUACUCUUGUGUGAGCAGCUUUUCGAUGAGAGCUACGGGCUCUUCCAGCGAACGCACGCGGAUCAAUCCGGCUACUGGUUGAACCCGAACUCGCGGGAAAUCCACAGAGACCAUCUCCACUGCUUCCAGUUCGUCGGUCGGCUGCUUGCGAAGUGUCUUCUUGAGGGGCAACUCAUGACGGUGCAUCUAGCUCUCCCCCUUCUCAAGCACCUGCUUGGAGUACCAAUUUCAUUCUCCGACCUCGAAUUCCUGGAUGCUGAACUCCAUCGGCACGCUCUCUGGCUGCGCGACAACGAUGGCGCUGAAGCUCUCGCGCUCGAUUUUACUAUCCAGCGCCAAAAGAGUGAUGGCACGGUUGUCACUGACGAACUAAAGCCGGGUGGCAAGGAUAUCUCCGUGACGGACGCCAACAAGGAAGAAUACUUGACGCUACUGCUCAAGCACAAAAUGUUUGCCGGGAUAGGCGAACAACUCGACGCGCUGCUCCAGGGUCUGUACGAUGUGUUACCACGCACACUUCUCGCUGUCUUCGACUACCAAGAGCUGGAGCUGCUCUUGUGCGGCGUGCCAUCAAUCGACGUCACUGACUGGGAGUCACACACCGACAUCCGCUACACCCGCGCCGAACAAGGUUUCAACAAAGCCACCAACAACGAGCAGCAAGUCGUACAGUGGUUCUGGGAGGCAGUCCGCGCGUUCUCGCAAGAGGAACGCGCGCGUCUGCUGCAGUUCGUCACCGGCACCUCUCGCGUGCCAGCCGAAGGUUUCCGAGCGUUGUUGAGUCACGACGGCCGCAUUCGACGCUUCGGUCUCCAGUUGGUGCCCAUCGGCGCUCCGCCCACAGGACUCUACCCGAAAGCUCACACGUGCUUCAACCGCCUCGACCUGCCUGUCUACCGCUCCUACGAAGAGCUCGUCACGUACCUCACCCUCGUCAUCAACAUGGAGAUCACCGGCUUCACCAUGCAGUAA